CCAAAUACCAAUUGUUAUUUUUUUUUUCAGGAAACAUUUUAAAUUAACUUGUCUACAUAUAAUUUCAUAUAUAUUAAUAUACAUAAAACGGUCCAAUAAGACCAUAGGCCCAUUUCUAUGGAUACUACGUUAUUUACAUUAAGGCCCAGAGUCCAUGGGCCCAUCACCAUGUUAUUAUUUUUAUCGAACACCAUAAAACUCCAAACAGCCAAUCAGUGAGAAGGACAACCAAUGAGACAAUCAUGAACCAAACCAAAACCUCCACCAGCGAUAAUAACACCAAACCGGCCAUAACCGGAGCAACGUCCACCACCAUACCGGAGUGGUUAACCGAGACAAUCAACGGUGGAUCAUUCCGCCACGUCGACCUCCACACCGGAACCAACGGCUGGGCCUCCCCUCCAGGCCACGUCUUCCCUCUCCGCUCCACAAACUACUUCACAAACAAACAAAAAUCCCCCGGCGGAGACUACCUCCUCUCUCCCGCCGGCGUUGACUGGCUCAAAUCCACUACAAAACUCGACAACAUCAUGUCUCGUCCCGACAACCGUGUGGCCCACGCAAUCAAAAAAUCCCACUCCCAAAACAGCUUCAUCGUCGCGGCUAACUUCGAAAUCUCAAGCAAGGAGGAACACUACCACUUAGUGUUCUACUUCGCCACGGAGGAACCAAUCCCCUCAGACUCUCCCCUCAAGCGUUUCAUCGACGGAGACGAUUCUUACCGUAACCAAAGAUUAAAGAUAGUCAGCCAAGUCGUGAAAGGUCCUUGGGUGGUUAAGGCAGCGGCAGGGCAGUUCGGGGCGUUUCUUGUCGGAAAGACCGUGAAGUGUAAUUACCAUAAAGGGUCUAACUACUUUGAGGUCGAUGUCGACACAAGUAGCUCGCCGAUUAUGUCGGCGGUUAUACGGUUUUUGUUGGGCUACACCAAGAGCUUUGCGGUCGAUAUUGGUUUGGUUAUUGAGGCGCAAACGGAGGAUGAGUUGCCGGAGAGACUCAUCGGAGGUGUGAGGGUGUGCCAUAUGGAUUUAUCGUCGGCGUUUGUGGUGGGAGAGAAGGCGUUGGGACCGUGUGGAAUGUUGGGUUCGGUCAUGAGGACAUGAACUGAAUGUCAACGAUGAAGGGAUCUAGGUCAAUGAUGCUCCGAUCAGGACAACGGUUAAAUUAUUUCUCAAUGAUAAAACCAAUAAUAUAAUUUGAUCUGUCUGAAUACAUUUUUUGAAACUUUGUUUAUUUCUCUAAGAGUGUUGACUUUUGAGUAUUUUAAAGCAAUUUGCUUCGUUGUUUUUGAUUCUCUUAAUUUGCAAGUGUUU